AUGCUGCCGGUGCCACCCAGUGCUGCCAGUGCUGCUGGUGCAGCCGGUGACACCCAGUGCCACCCGGUGCCAUCCAGUGCUGCUGGUGCCACCCAGUGCCACCCGGUGCUGCCGGUGCCACCCGGUGGUGCCGGUGCCACCGGUGCCAGCCGUGCCGCCCUGUCCCGCAGGCACACGGCCCCGUGCGGGCUGCGGCUGGCGCGGCUGAGCCGCCCGGGCCCCGCGGCCUGGGAGCCCCGAGCGCCGCCCAGCCGGGGCUUCCUCAGCCUCAGCAACAAACGCAAGGAGUACUCGGAGAGACGCAUCAUCGGGUACUCCAUGCAGGAGAUGUACGACGUGGUGGCCAACGUGGAGGACUACAAGAACUUCGUGCCCUGGUGCAAGAGGUCGGUGGUGGUGGCGCGGCGCUCGGGCCACCUGAAGGCGCAGCUGGAGGUGGGGUUCCCGCCCGUGCUCGAGCGCUACACCUCCAUCGUCACCCUGGUGCGGCCACACCUGGUCAAGGCCGUCUGCACCGACGGGCGCCUCUUCAACCACCUGGAGACCAACUGGCGCUUCAGCCCCGGCAUCCCCGGCUACCCCCGCACCAGCACCGUGGAUUUCUCGAUCUCCUUCGAGUUCCGCUCGCUGCUGCACUCCCAGCUGGCCACCGUGUUCUUCGACGAGGUGGUCAAGCAGAUGGUGGCCGCCUUCGAGCGCCGAGCGGCCAAGAACUUCGGGCCCGAGACCCGCAUCCCCCGGGAGCUCAUGUUCCACGAGGUCCACCAGACGUGAGGGCGGCCGGGCCGGGCACCCCGGACUGAGCCCAACCCCCCAAAAAUAUUUAUUUGAGAAGUGCGUUUCCGCUGCUGUUGCCUCAACGCCCCCCCCGGGGCUGCCGUGAACCCCCCCCCCCCGGUCCCAGGAGCUGGUUUUGCAGCUGAUUUGGGGUUUUAAGUUUUGGUUUAGUUCUUGAUUCUUGGUUGGGUUUCUUGUUUUGGUUUUUUUUUUCUUUUAACCCUUUUCUUUUUUGGUUCUUUUUAAACUCCUCGGCCAGGCCGGAGGGCCCCGGUGGGGGCAGCUCCGUGCCUGGGCCCCGCCGUGCUCCGGGAGAGGGAGGGGGGUUUGUUCGGGGGGGUGGGAGAAGCUGCUGGGACCCCCCCCCCCAUUUCCUCCCCAGCUCCUCCAGGAACAAAAGGGAAGGAGCCGGCGCCGGGAGGAGCCCCCCGAGCCCCCCCGGGCCGUCGCACACUUUGCACAAGCCACACGCACAGGGUGGGGAGGGGGCGGCCCCCGCUGCCCCCCCCCGCCGCCCCCCACCCCCAGCACCCUCCGCAGGGACCCCCGCGGUCCCGACCCCACCCCCAGCGCCCCCCCCCGCGUUCCUCACCUAUUGGGGGGGGGAUGGGAAGGCUUCGGCUCCUCCCCCCCCACCCCCCCUUGGCCACGAAGCCCCCCCGGGGGGGUGAGGGGCUCCCCGAGCCCCCCGAGCCUGCGCUGCCCGAGGGAGGACGGGCGUGGCCGGGCCAAUAAAGAGCAUUUUCCAAGGGUCA